AGUUUCAUUUGAUCAAUACACAUCUUCAGGCCUACGACUUACGAGGGAUUCCUACAGAGUGAAUGCCAAGCAGGAAAAACUCGCAUAUUCUAGCGAUUCGUUUCGAAAAUCAUUGAUUCAACACCUAGGAGACGCUUAUUGAUCAACGUAACAUUUGAUUAAAAUAUUGAGCUCCCGACGAGGCUUCAUUAACAAGAAACUAUGGGAUCAAGUACUUCAAGAGAAGAUUCUGACGAGUUAGGCCUAGAAGAGAGCUUUGUUCACGAUCUGAAAGAAAACACUCAUUUUAAAUCGAAAGAAAUUAGAGAGUGGCAUGAGAAAUUUAAAAAAGAUUUCCCAUCCGGACAUAUAAGGAGGCACGAAUUUCGCAAAAUGUAUUCAGAACUUACGGCAAAGGACAGCAACGAAUUAGCGGACUACGUCUUUGAUGCAUAUGAUCAAGACAGAAACGGACGCAUAGAUUUCAAGGAAUUUAUGACUACCUUGAGUGUGACGUGUCGCGGAAGCACUGAGGAACGACUAUAUUGGGUAUUCGAUAUGUAUGACAUAGACGGAACGGGUGCACUGACAAGAGAUGAGGUAAUUAAGGUACUUAAGGCAGUUUUUCGAAUGAAAGGGAAAGAAGCAGCUGAAGAAAAAGCGUGUGUUCAAGCCGAUUCAAUUUUUCAAAAAUUAGACAAAGAUAAAGAUGGUUUAAUAAGUAAAGAUGAAUUUUGCAAUGUAGCAUCAAAAGAAGUAGAUGUUUCGAAGAUUUUCAACAUUGCUAGCUAAAAUGUAAAAAAACGAUAAUAACAAUAACAAGGCGAAAUUAGUCCAUUAAAUUUUUUCAUUUUGAAAUUACGUGCUACAUACUUAUGUAUUAUUACUUUUGCUGAAAUCAUCCAUACUUUAGACAUACCGAUUACCUCUUCGAAAAUAACUAAAUCAUUAAUAUUCAAUAUCUAAGAAUGAUUGAAGCAGAGUAAAAGGUUUGACUUUUGUCUUUCCCUGUGAUAUUAAAGUAAUCUGCAUAUUCAUUGCAAUGUGUCGUUACGUCAAAAAUAACCAUUUCUUAUAUAUAAAUAUAUAUAUAUACAGUAUAUAUAUUGU